AUGGCAAAGAGCCCGGGCGGAUUCUGGUUGGUCUACUACAAAACACACCGCGUUCUUCGGGACAGGCAGGCAACACCUCUCCUCGGCCCCGAAGAGCAUGAUCGCGCAGAAAUGCUGGAUUGUCAAACUACCCAAUGGAUAAUGGUACAUACCUACUAUUUCGACCAACUCUGCCCACCAGAUGUUUCUCUUGAGAGCUUCGGAAAAAUACUGGCCAACCUACGGAGUAGAGGCAGCCAAACCGAGGGAGAGACGCGCAUUCUUUUCCACAUCUUGCAGAUCAAGAAAACGAAUACACUUCCUUCCGGACAUCGACCGAUGCUCGUCGACACGGAGUGCCAUAACUCCGAGACCCGUGACCAAGGGGACAACAACAAAUAUGCGAAAACCGGAGUGAUCUUGAGUCAAAUCGGCUACUACUCGUCAGAAGUCCAGCUGAGAACCCCGGAAUAA